AUGAUGAUGAGUAACGGCCGCAUUACACUUCCUAAGGGUUUCCGAUUCCAGCCCUCCGACGAGGAGCUGCUGAGUCAUUACUUGGAGAAGAAGAAUCAGCGCAAGGAUCCCCAAAUCGAGGCCAUCAUCCCUGAAAUCGAUGUGUGCAAGCACGAGCCCCGCGACUUACCAGCACUGGUGUUCACAAGGGCGGAAUUUCUGCAGAGGGAGUGGUUCACCAUGGCAGACUCUCCGGACAUGCAGUGGUACUUCUUCAGUCCGAGAGUUUUUAAACACAGCAAAUGCAAAAGCACUCGGUCCAACAGGACCACAGAGGAAGGCUCCUGGAAGAAGCAAGGCAGGGACCGCAGAAUCACUCGGACACGUUCUGAUAAGCAGAUCGGGGGGAAGAGGAUCUUGACCUUCUACCAAACUGGAGUGCAGAAAAAACAGAAGACUGACUGGGUUAUUCAUGAGUAUUAUCUCACUAAGGCCGAUUCUGAUGAGCAGAUCGGGGACUUUGUUCUCUGCCGCUUGAAGAAAAAGUUAGACAAGUCUGAUCAUGAUGAGCAGGAUGGUCCAUUCUGCAGUGGAGGAGAACCUAGUAGUGGUAGCUGCAGUAUGGCCUUCAAUGUUGAAAAUCAAGCAUCCAAACAGCUGGGAAAUGUUCUUUCGAUUUCUGUUGAAGGUCAAACUGAUAGCUGCAAUUCAUCUGAUUCCGAUAUGGUUGAAGAGCUACUUGAUGAGCCAGGAAAUCUGGACUCACUCUUUAAUCAACCUCCGCCACCUCAACUGCAGUCACCAAUAAAGCUGGGCAAUGUUUCACACACCACCAAUGUCCAUAUUGAUGAAUGUCGUAAGAGGAAAUAUCAAUUUAGGGAUAAUGACCCUUCUCCUACUAAAAAGAAUCAUAUUUCAACAAUUGAUGUUGACGAACUAGUUAGCAACACUACAUCUAAUUCUGAAAAUCAUGCUGCAGAUGCGAUUCCAAAGGUGAGAAUAAGCAUACUCUAUAACCCUUUCUUAUUUAAACAACUAAAUAUGCAGCACCACCAGAAUUGUAACCAAAUUUAA